GAGCUUUAGUCCGUGAGCUCCAUACUCUACACAGCCUAUAGCAAACAAGACAAGCUGUAUUAAUCAAUGCCUUGCCCAUCGAAAAUGCUAGCAACCCCGACUUCUCCAUGUUGAACUUGGAUGGCAUAUGGCUCUCCGGUUUGGAGUGCUGCCAUAAGAAAACGCCUCCUCUUGGCGCACUAGCAUUAAAAAGAGCGGGAGAGAGAUGCACGCACCGCGCCAUCGCCCAAUUAGCCUACUCGCUUGCUGAAGUCUGCCUUUGUUACAGCAGUAGAGACAGCAAUUCUUUAACAUGUAAUCGUGAAGUUCGUCAACGCUGUUGGAGCUCGGUCUCCUCCUGCGUGUUGUCGUUGUUUACAAUACAAAAGGACUGGCGUGGACUGUGGUGCAACGAGCAAUAGUGGGUAAUAGUGGGUGUGCGCUGCGCUGGUGUUCCUAGAGUAGAGGCUGCAGCAGGGAGAGGGGAGCUCAUAAUUAGCUUUUUACCCGGGUGUACACCUCGAUCUCACUGACAAGAGCAAAAUAUUACACGGAUGAUGUGUUUUUACUCCCUGCCGUUCUCCAUUCUCUCUCGGUUAAAAACAAAGGGUUCCAUAGAAAGGGCGUUGAAAGAUUUCACAUAAAGACAAGGCUUUUUUGUUUCCAGUCAGUUGUUUUCGCCAAGGGUUUGGUCCAUUGUGGCAAACCGAAAAUCAAGAUGAAAUUUCCCACAGAGAACCCAAGAAAACCAGGGCACCCCAACCCUCCGCCAGUGGCGCCCCAGACCAACCUGUUCCCCCAAAAGAAGGUCCAGUCAGGCAUGAUGAGUGCCAGCCUGGUGCAGGCCAGUGUGGCCACCAUGCAGAACCCCAUGGGCUGCACCGUUCCCCGGCUCUCUCCGUCACGGCCCGCCAGCAUGGUGGCCAGCAUGGAGGCGGUGGGUGAGGACGGCUCGCCGCUUUUCACCGUCAUGAAGUGGAAGACAGUAGUGGCGGUGUUCGUGGUCGUGGUGGCCUAUCUGGUCGGGGGAGGUUUGGUGUUCCGGGCCCUGGAGCAACCAUUCGAGAGCAACCAGAAGGUGACCAUCACUGCGGAGAAGGCGGCAUUCCUGCAGAAACACCCCUGUGUCUCACCGGCAGAGCUGGAGGCGCUCAUCAAGCACUCAGUAGAUGCUGUGAAUGCUGGGGUCAGCCCGAUAGGAGACACAUCCUAUAACUCCAGUCACUGGGACCUGGGCAGUGCCUUCUUCUUCGCUGGAACGGUCAUCACAACCAUAGGGUACGGUAACAUUGCCCCCAGCACAGAGGGUGGGAAGAUUUUCUGUAUCCUGUAUGCAAUAUUUGGCAUCCCUUUGUUUGGGUUCCUGCUAGCCGGUGUGGGGGACCAGCUAGGGACCAUAUUCGUGAAAAGCAUCGCCAAGGUGGAGAAAAUGUUCAGACGCAAACACAAUCAGAUCAGCCAGACAAAGAUCCGAGUGGCCUCCACGUUACUCUUCAUCCUGGCGGGCUGCAUCCUCUUCGUCAGCAUUCCUGCGGUCAUCUUCAAACACAUAGAAGGCUGGACGGGACUGGAGGCCAUCUACUUUGUAGUCAUCACUCUGACAACUAUUGGAAUAGGAGACUAUGUGGCAGGAGGGGACCGGAGGGUGGAGUAUCGUAAUUGGUAUAGACCACUGGUGUGGUUCUGGAUCCUGGUGGGUUUGGCCUAUUUCGCCGCUGUACUGAGUAUGAUCGGUGACUGGCUGAGGGUUCUGUCCAAGAAGACAAAAGAGGAGGUUGGAGAGAUCAAGGCCCACGCAGCUGAGUGGAAGGCCAACGUACGCGCCGAGUUCCGGGAGACGCGGCGGCGCCUGAGCGUGGAGGUCAGCGACAAGCUCCAGCGGGCCGCCACCAUCCGUAGCAUGGAGCGCCGUCAGCUGGGCCUGGACCAGCGGGCCGUCUCCAUGGACAUGCUCUCCCCGGAACGCCGUGCCGCCUUCAACAGCCUGGACACCAACCCCUACAAGACCUCGUCGCAGGAGAGCAUCGAUACCAAGCUCAACAACCUGCGUCUGAGAGGGGCCGAGUGUGAUCCGCACCGGUCCAACAACGUGGCCUCCUCGGAGGACAACAUCUUUAAUCGCCUGGGCUCCAUCACCAAGAUGGCCAAGAGGAACAAGAACCGCGAGCUGAAGAAGAAUAUCCCAGAUGAGCUACGAUGCAGGCCCUAUAGUACUCCGCCCAUGGAAAUGGGGGAGAGGAAGGAGGAAGAGGAAGAGGAAGAGGAGGAAAAUGAGGGGUUAGACAAAGAGUUCAACACCAGCCUGUCCGAUCUGCCGCUGUUCGUCGAAGUGUGCAAGCCCCAGAAUGGUUUCACAGUACCGUUCAUACCACUACAGACCAAAGAAAAAGAAACUGAGGAGGAGACACUUGACCUUGAAGAAAAAGAGCUGCAUAUCCAGAUGGAUCCUUAAGACUGUUGGCUGUUCCUCCUGAGAAAAAUAGGUUUUAAACCUCACCACCGUAUGUGCCUUACAUCUCUCUCACUCCUUUGUGUGCUUGAUAUUGGGGGAACAGUUGUAUCCCUGUGUGCUAUGUAAUGUUAUUCAAUAUUCACUGUGCCAUAAUAACCUGAAGUAAAGACAUGGCCAUCAUCAGUUUCUACAAUCACGUGGUAAAAUAUUGAGAUUCGGGGUUCUUGUGGUACAGAACAACAAAAAUGAUGGUCAUGUUUAUUUUGAGGGAAGAGAAGAUGGCUGCUAAUCAGAAGAGUCAAUGAUAAAGCAAAUAAGAUACAGUAGCAGACUGCUAUGACGUCUCUUUGGGGGGUCUGUGACCUUUAUGCACAUAGUGGACUUUGAUAGUCCUAAAUACUAAAUACUAUCUGAGGUCAUUUUAGGACCAGAGAACUAAGCUGCUGAGAGAAGAACAUUCGGUCAUUGUGAAAUGUACGAAUCACAAUAUUUUUCCGCAAUCCAUCACAACACAUAAACUCUUUGAAAAAUUGAUAAAAAAAAGGAAUAAACAGCCACAUUGUGGUGUGUGCAUGUUACUUGAGCUAAGCUGUUUAAUGUCUAAGUGUAUGACUACGCUAUCAACUUCAUGAACUUUCUUUAAAACUUGAAUCUCAGGGCUUGUGGUCCUAAUGUUGUCGUUGAAAUGUGUCUAAAGGAUGCUGCAUUCACACUUUGUAAGAGAGGAGCUUUGGCUGCACUUAGAAUGGCUUUCUGAAGAUGACAGUUUUGACAAUGGAACGGAAGAUAAGCCAUAACGCAAGGAAGGGGAAAAUGUCCCCACAUGCUUAGACAGGAUUCUGUCAAAUUUGAGAAUUUGGGACACAGAAGUUUUUUGGCGGUAACUUGUAUGAUACAAAAAUACAAUGACUUAAGUGUACCAUGUAACGUAUGUGAAGAACAUUUCUCUGUUCUAUAAAGAACAUUUCUGUGUUCUAUAAAGAACAUUUAUGUGUUCUAUAAAGAACAUUUAUGUGUUCUAUAAAGAACAUUUAUGUGUUCUAUAAAGAACAUUUUUGUGUUCUAUGACAGAGGGAUAAGGACACUGAAAACAUGCACGAAUCCAACGUGCAUUUCAAUUGUGGUUUACUAAUAGUAUUAUAAUGAUGUCAUUACAAACCCUUUAAGACGCAUGGGUUAAAUAGCAUUACCUCUCUAUUUAUAUCUCCCUCAAUUUCUCACCCACACACGGACACACACGAACGAACACACACAGACACACCCGCAGGCACACACACACUUCACACACGCAUGUACACACCGAAAAUUGUACGUAUGUACACAGUUUUUUCAUUCCUUGUGUUUGCAUUGAUAUGGGUGCAGAAUUAGCAUGGUGUGAAUGCAGCAAAGGAAUCUCAAUGUUUGUUAUAAAAAAGCUACAAAGAAAUACAAUAUGCAUUAAAAAAGACAUGGAACUCAAAAGCAUGCUAUUUUGCAAAUAUAUUAACGCUAUAUGGUAUUGAUUGUAUACCACCACUUGCUUCAGAAGAUGAUGCUUAGCAUAGCGUUUUUUAACUGCCCAUGUUGAGCUAGCAUGGGCAACACCUGCUCAGUAUUUGACCGUUGUUCACAGUAUUACUUGUGCCACCAUUACAUUAAAUGUAGUGAGUGCCUUUUGGAAAUAAAUAUCACAGAAUGAAAUGCGA